UUUUUCUUUUCUUCACAAUGUGAACGAAUGACUCUUUCGUUUAGCAUAGAUUACGGAGUACGUUGUACGUAGUAGUAGUAUUUUUUUUUGUAUCAGUGAAAAAAGAAAUACGUAUUCGGAGUGGGUAGGGGACAGGAAUUAUGUGGCCUUGGAUUCUUCUUCUGAUAGCAGCGGUUCGUGCUGCCAGCUUUACUAGGAAAGGGUGUGGGCGCAACACUAAAGUAUGAGCCUUUCACUGUGUUCGACGAAAGACUUUUUAUUACUCAGUAUUUUAUUUUUUAAAAUCAAAUAUUCAUCAUAUAAUUGUAUUUGCACAUGAUGAUUAUAUUUUCCUGGUUUAAGGAUUAAUCAGUAAGUGCGUAUUCAUUGAGAGAGAAAAAAGGGGGAAGAAGGUCUGAGAAGACCUUUUUGUUCGCUAGCUGGGACUGGUCAUGCCAUAUUUCUGCUGAGAAUUCAAGAUGAGAGCAGAAGAGCUCGCGCCAAUGGUGGCGCUGUGGGCGGUGGCGCUUGCCGUCGGGGUUAUGGUCAGUGGUCUGAGCUCCGCCGCUGCUGACACAUAUCCAAAUGAUGCAAACAUUCUGAGGGCAUUGUUCUCCAGCCUGAGCUUAGCACCACAGCUAACAAAAUGGAACGUUAAUGGUGGUGACCCUUGUGGAGAGUCAUGGAAGGGCAUAACCUGUUCAGGGUCUGACAAUAGAGUAACUGGAAUUGAUAUUUCAAAUCUAGGACUCACUGGGUCAUUGGGAUUCCAACUGGAUCAACUGAGUUCUGUAACCACCUUUGAUAUAAGCAAUAAUAAUCUUGGGGGAAUGUUACCAUACCAGCUUCCUCAAAAUGUGCAGAAACUAAAUGUUGCUGCCAAUGGCUUUAGUGGUGUCCUUCCAUAUUCUAUCUCACAAAUGCCUUCUCUUGAAUAUUUAAAUGUGAGUCACAAUCAACUUCAAGGUGAGGUGGCUGUGAUGUUUUUAUCACUUACAAACUUAUCAACACUGGAUUUCUCGUUUAAUAAUCUCAAUGGUAAUCUUCCCCAAACGUUCAGCUCACUUACAAAUAUGAAAAAUAUGUAUUUGCAAGACAACCAGUUCACUGGAACUAUUGACGUUCUUGCAAAUCUUCCCCUUGAUAAUCUGAAUGUGGAGAACAAUCAAUUUACUGGAUGGAUCCCUUCACAGCUGACGGGCAUUAAAGGUUUAGAAACGGGAAAUAAUUUGUGGAGCUCAGGGCCUGCACCCCCACCCCCACCUGGCACACCACCUGUGGUCAAGCCGAACCAUAGACCUGAAGACAGUAGCAGCCCGCCAAGUGGAGGCAGUGAUAAUGGGGGUGGUGCUGUUGCAGGAAUCAUACUAUCCGUUUUAGCUAUAGGAGCACUAGCAUUAUUCUUUAUUAUGAAGAGGAGAAGAUCAAAGAGGGAAUCAACAGAUAUUGAAAAGGUUAAUAACAAUCAUCAGUUUCCUCCUCUCGUCUCACAUGAAGCACAAGAGAGGAAAUUUGUUCAAACCGAGUCCACACCAGGAAUGAAAACCUUCGACAAACCCAUUGAAGUUAUAAAUUUAAGGCCACCUCCAGCUGAUCGCGCUAAAUCAUUUGAUGAAGAUGAUUUAUCAGCCAAAGCAAUUGUUGUUACUCCCAAGAAAAUUGAUACUUCUCAAAUAAAUGCCACUCAAUACACUGUUGCUGACCUACAAAUUGCUACUGAUAGCUUCAGCGAUGAGAAUCUUCUUGGUGAGGGAUCAAUUGGAAGUGUUUACCGGGCUCAAUUUGAAAAUGGAAAGGUUUUUGCUGUAAAGAAAAUUAAUUCGUCCGCUAUCAAGAAUCCAGAAGAUUUUCUUGAUAUAAUUUCUGAGAUAUCCCGGCUGCAUCAUCCAAAUGUUACUGAGUUAGUUGGAUAUUGCUCAGAGUUCAACCAGUAUCUACUAGUUUAUGAGUUCUACAAAAGUGGUUCUUUGUAUGAUCUUUUGCACCUAUCGGAUGAGUACAGCAAGACACUUGCUUGGAACUGCAGAGUCAAGAUUGCUUUGGGGGCAGCACGUGCACUUGAGUACCUACAUGAAGUUUGCUCACCAUCGGUGGUUCAUAAAAACUUCAAAUCUGCUAACAUUCUGCUAGAUUUAGAAUUCAACCCACACCUAUCAGAUUCUGGUUUAGCAAGCCUCAUACCGGUUGAAGAUCAGGCCCUAAACCAUAAUUCAGGAUUGGGAUAUGGUGCGCCUGAGGUAGAUAAGCCGGAGCAGUAUACAAUAAAGAGUGACGUGUACAGUUUUGGGGUUGCCAUGUUGGAACUUCUUACUGGAAGAGUACCAUUUGACAGUUCAAGGCCAAGAUCUGAACAGUCCUUAGUUCGAUGGGCUACACCUCAGCUUCACGACAUUGAUUCCUUGUCUAAGAUGGUUGAUCCAGCACUUAAAGGGCUUUAUCCUGUUAAAUCUCUCUCCCGAUUUGCUGAUGUCAUCGCACUCUGUGUCCAGCCGGAGCCCGAGUUCCGACCACCAAUGUCAGAAGUUGUUGAAGCGUUGGUGCGGCUGGUGCAACGGGCCAACAUGAGCAAGAGGACAUUUGGCCCAGAUCCACUGACUCCCCGGUCCGGGAGUGCGGAUUCUCAAGAGUUCGAUCCGUAGCCUUGCGUAUAAUAAACUGCUGCUUAAUCCAAGGUCCACGUGCCUGGCCGAGCACCUUUUGCUGUGAAUCCUGCCCGAUCUGUUCAUCUGCCUCGGUUGCAUUGUAGCAAUGUAGCAUCAUCACAUAGUAGCAUGGUCCUAUAAUCUUGUUAAUACCACAUUCUACUCCUGGAUUCUUAUAUUUUUUGUAUGGGAAGAAGUGAAAAGAGGAUACGUACUCCCGAACUAUGGAUGAAAUCUUUCCUCAUAUACAACGCAAGCCCUUUCGGCCUUUCCUAUUAUUUACAUCCAUUUCUUUGUUGGAG